UUUUGGAUUCUACUGGAUCAUCAGUCUGUUCGCUGGAGAAUCCUCUAUCAAACGCCUCUCAAGCACGCACUUCAACAUAGAUAUGAUGAGGAAAGUUUACCAGGAGUGGACAUUUUUGUGUGUACGGCUGACCCAAUGCUGGAGGCUCCAUGUAUGGUGAUUAACAGCGUAUUAUCAGCAAUGGCCUUCAAUUAUCCUGCCAAUAAAUUGAGUGUGUAUCUCUCCGACGACGGAGGCUCAGACCUAACAUUCUAUGCUCUCUUAAGGGCUUCCAUUUUCUCCAAACAUUGGUUACCCUUUUGUUCAAGAUUCAACGUUCAACAUCGCUCACCCGAGCCAUUCUUUGCCACCCAAUAUUCUACUACUAGUAAUAACACUCACUAUUCCCAAGCAUGCUUAUUCAUCAAGAAACUGUAUGAAGAAAUGAAAAAUGAGAUUGAAUCAGCCGUAGCAAAGGGGAAGGUUCCAGAGUCGUAUAUGAGAAAUGAACACGUAGGAUUCUCAGAAUGGAACCCAAAAACAACAAAGCAGGAUCACCACCCUAUCGUGCAGAUUGUAAUCGAUGGAAGGGACAAGGAUGCUGUAGAUGAAGACGGAUUUCAACCGCCAACACUCGUAUACCUAUCACGCGAGAAAAGACCAAACUACCCUCACCACUUCAAAGCAGGAGCUAUUAAUGCAUUGAUAAGGGUGUCAUCCGAGAUAAGCAAUGCCCCUUUCAUCCUCAACUUGGAUUGCGAUAUGUGCUCCAAUAAUGCAGAUACAAUUAAAGAAGUACUAUGCUUCUUCCUUGAUCAAACAAAAGGCCACGAUAUAGCUUAUGUGCAAUUUCCACAGUGGUUUCAUAACAUCACCAAAAAUGACCAUUAUGGAAAUUCUUGUGUUGUCACCAAUAAGUUUGAGCUAGCUGGCAUAAGUGGAUAUGGAGCAGCCAUGUUUUGUGGAACUGGGUGUUUACAUCGAAGAGAAAGUUUAUCAGGAGCUUACUUGAGAGAUUACAAAGCAAAAUGGGACUUCAAAUCUAAAACAAUCAACAACAGAACAGUUCACGAAUUGAACCAAGCAUCCAAGGCUCUUGCCACUUGCACCUACGAGGAGGGAACUCAAUGGGGAAAGCAGAAGGGAUUAGUAUAUGGUAUUCCCGUGGAAGACGUUGUGAGUGGCCUUGCAAUCUCAUGCAGGGGUUGGAAAUCAAUUUAUUACAACCCGGAAAGGAAGGCUUUCGUGGGUGUAGCUCCAACAACCUUGGAUGUGGCAUUUGUUCAGCAUAAGAGGUGGUCAGAAGGCACGUUCCAGAUCUUCUUAUCAAAGUAUUGCCCUUUCAUUUAUGGGCAUGGGAAGAUACACUUGGGUGUACAAAUGGGGUAUUGCGUUUACCUCUUAUGGGCUCCUAUGUCCCUACCCUUUCUGUGUUAUGUCAUUGUCCCUCCUAUUUGCUUGCUUCAUGGCAUUCCCUUGUUCCCAAAGCUUUCAAGCAUUUGGGUCCUUCCAUUUGCAUAUGCAUUUCUUGCAACCUAUGGCUAUAGCUUGUGUGAGUAUUUGAGCUGUGGGCACCCAGCAAAGGGUUGGUGGAACUUACAAAGAAUCAAGCUCAUGCAUAGAACCACCUCAUAUUUCUUUGGUUUCAUUGACACCGUGACCAAACAAUUAGGACUAUCACAGACAAACUUUGCCAUCACAGAUAAAGUGGUAACUGAGGACGUGCAAACGAGAUAUGAGCAAGAGGUCAUUGAUUUUGGAGGCUCCUCAAAUUCAAUCAUGUUAAUCAUAUUGGCAACAGUGGCAUUGCUAAACCUUUUUGGUCUCGUUGGGGGAAUCAAGAGGAUUCUAGUGGACAUGGAAUUCAGCUCAAGCCAAUUUGUGGUGCAGAUUGCACUGAGUUCAUUGGUAGCGAUGAUCAAUUGUAUGUCCUGUUAAGACUGUCCACUGCCCCCCAAUAAGGCAUGACAAUUAAAAAUUAGGAUGUACAAGCUCGAACAUGGAAGUAAUAUAUUUUCCAUCCCCCAU